UUGUAAUAGAUGUAACGAAUGGUUGUGUUACGUUUUAUCUAAGACCGAUUGCGGAAUGUUGAGCCUUUAACACACAUUGACGUUUAGUAUCUCGGGAUGCAAGAUUAUUCUCCCGCAGUGAGCUUCAAGGUUACGUCUUUUGCUGUACGGCUGUAACGUGAUUCUGUCGCUGUAAAUAUUGUUGUGUUAACGACGCGGUGUCUGCUCGGGGAAUUUAUACUGGCCGUGUAAGUUUGCGACAAACUCUGCGUGGGAUGGAAAUGGAUCAAAGGGUCGCGCAAGCUUUGCUGGCGCAAGGCGCCACGCUGGUUUUGCUGGACAUGCCGGCGGGCACCGACGUCGGUAUUGAUAUCAAGUCCUGGAGUGUAGGGCAGAAUUUUAAGGGGAUCAAGAUGAUCCCGCCCGGGAUUCACUUUGUGCAUUACAGCGCGGCGAAUGAGUUUGGUGAGCUGGCGCCUAGAGUUGGCUUCUUCCAUGACUUCCAGAGAGGCGAAUUCUUAGCGAAGAGAUGGGACAGCAAGCUGGAAGAUAUUAGCUCAGAAUCUGUACCUGAGGAGACAGUUCAGAGGCUGAGAGAUAACAUAAAAGAGCUGGACAGGUAUCUAGGACCGUAUCCGAACGAGAUAUCAAAGUCGUGGGCGAAAUUGACGAAUGGGAUCACUGCGUCUCUUGUGACGAGGUGCUCGCCGCUGUGUGGUUACGUGCGAUCCGCCUUGGAAUUGGAGCACUGCAGCGACGCCUCGAGACCACGCGGUAGAGAGUCCGAGAGCAAACAAAGGAGGUCCGGCAGGCUCACGGCGGAAGACAAGGAGGAGCAAAUGCUGCCGGAUCUAAAACCGAAGCCUGGCACAGAACUCAGGCUUACGGAAAUACCGGAUAAGCAUUAUCCCGAUGAUGCGACUCCAAGCGAGAUAACACGGCAUUCUCUCGACACCAGUUAUGUCUUGGAUACUACUCUGAAAAAAUUGCGAGAGCCUAUCGAGAUCAUCGGGGAGAUGCAACUGACGUUUGUCUGCUUCCUAGCUGGCCAGAGUUUGGACGCUUUUGAACAAUGGAAGAAACUCAUAUUACUGAUUUGUGGCGCGGACAACGCGAUCCCACAGUAUCGCUCUAUCUACAUGGAGUUUCUGCAAGCCCUGGAAGUAGAAUUGUCAUAUGUGCCGGAAGACGUGCUCUGCGACAUCGUAGCAAGCAAUAAUUUCGUGUAUCGCAAUCUGUGCGAGCUAUUCGGUAACAUAGAGUCGAAUUCUGAGGUGGAUGGUCGAUUAAAAUCGUAUGCGAAGCGUUUGCAGGGCCGACUGACCGCCAAGUUUCUGUGGGACUUUUCAAAUUUGCUCGAAGAGGCGGACGAUGAAGCGCCUGUUGUUGUAACUCUUGCGUAAAUAAAAUAAGUCACGAAGUACGAACUGAUAGCGUUGUCUUUACAUUUAAUUUGUAAAUAAUUAUAAAUAAAUUCUAAUUUCAACAUCUUUA